CUUGACUUCUUAAGGAGGUGAGAACUCCAAAAAGGUGAUCACGCCUUCCCUGACAAUUGGUGCAAUGAAUCAGGCAGGUUUGUGUCCUCUCCCACCUGGCUGACUUGCUUUGAGAAGAUUGAUGCCAGUCUCCAUUCCUUGCCUCAGAGGAAGAGUCUGAGUGUUAGCUCCACAUACCCAUCUUCUAGAAAUGAAGUGUCUUCCCUGGAUAAUGUGCCCAUAACUGACUUUGUACUUGAGUAGAACACAUAUCUCAAAAGUAGAGAGGGCACUGAACAGGAGGCUGAGAUCCAGGCUGAUCACUAUAAAGAGGAAGAGGGAGGAGUGGGGCAUCUAGAACAGCUGGCUGAGUGCUGAGCUCGGCCCUACAUUGAUCUGCCUUCUCAUUCUCCUCUCUAUCCUAAGUCCAGAAAAUGAAUGCUUCACCAGCUUCAGGAACUGGUUCACGUUCUGAAGGCAACAAUGCAAGAUCUUUUUUCUAUGCUCAACCCACAGCACAACCCCCAUUGCCAAAUCUGUGGUACCUAAAUCCUGCCUAUAGUCCUUAUUGUGUGUCAGCAGCAGGAUUCAGAAAUGGAAAUCCAUACAUUCCAUAUUAUUCAGUUGCUCUACAUGAGUACCCUGGCUUUUUCUUGCCACAAGCUCCUGUACCUACCAGAGUUAACAGAUGACCCUAUUUUCAUCCUCAGUCUUCAUUUCCUAUGUUCCAGCAUGCUGCACAUUUCUAUCAUUACAGCAACCCUUCAAAAAAAAAAAAAAACAGAAACCAAAGAGACCCAGACUGAUCCCCCCAGCUUGAAAACAAAUCCAAAAUGCAGCAAGAUUCAAAAUCUGAUGCUAAUGGUGGCAAUGUAGGUAGCUUUACAGGUAGAGUGAUUAAUGUUGCCUCUGGAAAAAAAGCUGCAGUUUUGUCCUCCUUUGUGCAAGAGAGAGGGGUUCAUAGUAAGAGCCCUUCUAAAAAUACAGCAUACAGAAGCAUCUCUCCAGGAAGCUAUGCCCUUGAAAAGGAAGAGGUAAGAAUAGAAUAUGGAGAUGGUUCUCCUGCAAUACAGCUCUGGAAAUCCUUUAAAGAAACAAUCCCUCUUUAUGAUUUGACACAUGGCCAAACAGUACCACAGAACAUAGUACAAAGUGAUUUAUUUUCAGUGAGCUCCUGUGAAAGAGUGGGGGUUCUAUAUGCCCCUCAUAAGGAAGAAAAAAUGCCAACUGUAGAUUAUUCAGAAGAUAAACAGUAUCUUGAAGCUGUACAGGAUAAAGAAGUCAAGAUGUCAGGGCCCAAGCUGGAAGGAAAUUUAGAUAAAAAUAAGGAGAGUGUAGCCACUCAAAAAUGUUCAGUACCCCUAGAUACAGCAAACCCCUGGCAAUCUUAUGAGCUUAACAGAUCAGGUAAAAAAGUCCCUUCAAUGGCAAGUCCAAGUCUGUCAGUGUUGAGGACACCAAAUGGGUCUACUCAAGAACUGAACCAGCAAGCACUGUAUCAAUUCUAUUGAGUUAACACCAGGAUCCUGACA